AUGUCCGCUCCGAAGUCCAAGGGCGAGGAAGAGCCCUCCGACGCUAACAUUCCGGACAACUACGUCUCAUACACGCUCAAGCACCAGAAGGCCCUGGAUCCCAUCUCCUGGGACAACUGGUGGCAGGAGCUCAACCUGCUCCACGCUGCGAUUCUCGGGUUGACCCCAAUCAUGGGCAUCAUUGGCGCGUUCGUGGUCCGCUUGCGCUGGGAGACGGCGGUCUGGUCCGUCGUGUACUACUUCAUGACUGGACUUGGCAUCACCGCAGGGUACCACAGACUCUGGGCUCAUCGUUCGUAUAAUGCGUCGAAGCCCCUGCAAUUUCUCCUUUGCAUUCUCGGUGCGGGUGCCGUCCAGGGCUCCAUCAGGUGGUGGGCGCGCGGACAUCGUGCCCACCAUCGGUAUACCGACACUGACCUCGAUCCUUACAACGCACACAAGGGUCUUCUCUGGUCUCACAUCGGCUGGAUGCUUUUCAAGCCUCGUCGCAAGCCCGGUGUUGCCGACAUCAGUGACUUGGCCAAGAAUGAGGUUGUCAGGUGGCAACACCGCCACUAUCUCUUCCUUGUCUUCGGCAUGGGUUACAUCUUUCCCAUGGUCGUCGCUGGCUUGGGGUGGGGCGACUGGAAGGGCGGUUACGUCUAUGCUAGCCUUCUCAGACUUUGCUUUGUCCAUCAUUCUACGUUCUGUGUCAACUCUCUUGCCCAUUACCUAGGAGAUGCGCCUUUCGAUGACAAACACACUCCCCGUGACCAUCUCAUCACUGCGUUGUGCACGAUUGGUGAAGGUUACCACAACUUCCAUCACCAGUUCCCUAUGGACUACCGCAACGCCAUCAAGUGGUAUCAAUAUGAUCCUACUAAAUGGACGAUCUGGUUUACGAGCAAGCUGGGCUUGUCAUCUCACUUGAAGGUGUUCCCCGAGAAUGAGGUCCGCAAGGGUCAGCUUACCAUGCAGCUCAAGCGCCUCCGCGAAAUACAAGAGAAGUUGAACUGGCCCUCGGAUAACAGCCAUCUGCCUGUUAUUUCUUGGGAAAGCUUCCUACAGCAGGCUCAGUCACGGCCACUGAUUUGUAUCGCCGGAUUCAUUCAUGAUGUCGACGACUUCCUGGACCAGCACCCGGGAGGCCGCCACUUGCUCACGAAAUACAUCGGCCGAGAUGCCACUACUGCGUUCUUCGGCGGUGUUUACGACCACAGCAAUGCCGCGCACAACCUACUCUCCAUGAAGCGCGUUGGAGUCUUACUCGGUGGAGCCCCUCACGGACUGGAGGAUAAGGCUAUCCCUCCAAGCCAACGUCUCAGGAUUGCUCACUACAAUGAGAUGGGUGGAAGCGGCUACAGUUCCGCGGCUCUCUCGGACAGCGAAGGCCUUCUGGGCUGA